GUCCCUCAGGUGACGAUGGCAGACCGGGCGUCUGCGGACCGAGCCUGCAAGGACCCAAACCCCAUCAUCGACGGCCGGAAAGCCAAUGUGAACCUGGCCUACCUGGGGGCCAAGCCCAGGGUCAUGCAGCCAGGUUUCUCAUUUGGUGUUCCUCAAAUCCAUCCAGCAUUCAUCCAGAGGCCUUAUGGGAUCCCAGCCCACUAUGUCUACCCCCAGGCCUUUAUGCAGCCAAGCACCAUGGUCAUCCCUCACAGCAUGCAGUCGCCCGCCGCCACGGCCUCCGCCGCCUCCUCCCCGUACCUCGACUACACCGGAGCGGCCUACGCCCAGUACUCGGCCGCAGCCGCCAGCGCUGCGGCCGCCGCUGCCUACGAGCAUUACCCGUACGCAGCCUCCCCGGCCCCUGCGGGCUACAUGGCUGCAGCAGGGUAUGGGUAUGCGGUCCAGCAGCCUCUAGCAGCCGCAGCCACCCCGGGAGCAGCCGCAGCAGCUGCAGCCUUCGCCCAGUACCAGCCUCAGCAACUUCAGGCAGACCGCAUGCAGUAACUGACCACAACUACUACUAUUACUGAGCCUGGAUAACAGAAGAGGAGGAGGCUAUAGAGAGGAGGGAGGAGGUCAUACUCACCCCCAGGACACUACAAGGGGAGAGGUGGGGGGAGAGUGUGAGGAGGGGGGAGGGAUGAAGAGUUGAGUGGUGGUCGUCAAUCCUUGGCUUUACAACAUGCAGCGCUGCUACCAAAAGAGCCUGAAGAGAAUCAUCUCAUAACUGAAUAGAAUCGUCUCAUAACUGAAGAGAAUCGUCUCAUAACUGAAUAGAAUCGUCUCAUAACUGAAGAGAAUCAUCUCAUAACUGAAGAGAAUCGUCUCAUAACUGAAUAGAAUCGUCUCAUAACUGAAUAGAAUCGUCUCAUAACUGAAUAGAAUCAUCUCAUAACUGAAGAGAGUCGUCUCAUAACUGAAUAGAGUCGUCUCAUAACUGAAUAGAAUCGUCUCAUAACUGAAUAGAAUCGUCUCAUAACUGAAUAGAAUCAUCUCAUAACUGAAGAAAAUCAUCUCAUAACUGAAGAGAGUCGUCUCAUAACUGAAGAGAAUCAUCUCAUAACUGAAGAGAAUCAUCUCAUAACUGAAUAGAAUCAUCCCAUAACUGAAUAGAAUCGUCUCAUAACUGAAUAGAAUAGUUACUUCAUUAUUCAAAUAUCAUCAGUGUUGUCAUCACUAAAUUAUUGUUUUUUGUUGUUGUCAUUAUAUCAGAAAUAUUUAAUAUUUAUUCAUCAGGACAAAUAUCUAGAAUUAUUAUUUAAGAUAUGACCUCAUAACCAACCUUUAAGUUUAAGUUAAUAAUUUUAAGCAUAUUUAAUGUGUAGUAAAUUAAAUGUGUGAUUUUGUACAACUUUCACAAGUGCACUGAAGUCUAAUCAGGUAUUUUUCCCUCAAAUUUCUUAAACAAUGUAGAUGGUCAAACCAAAAACACACUUUUGGUCACUUUUCACCUUUUAAUACUUUUAAACCUACAUUUUGAACUAUGCAAUUUGAUAUAUAUACAGUUGAAGUCAGAAGUUUACAUAUACUUAGGUUGGAGUCAUUAAAACUUGUUUUUCAACCACUCCACAAAUUUCUUGUUAACAAACUAUA